AUGGAUUACAGCUCGUUCAGUGGAGUCCCCCGGUUUUUGACCCGGCCUAAGGCAUUUAUGGUGUCUGUGGGGAAGGAUGCCACCUUGAGCUGCCAGAUCAUUGGAAACCCCAUCCCAGUUGUGAGCUGGGAAAAGGAUAAACUUCCAGUCCAGUCUGGAGGCAGGUUUAAAACCACAGAAGAUGGGGAUCUCUAUAGGCUAACAAUCUAUGAUCUGAGUCUGGAGGACAGUGGCCAAUACAUCUGCCGGGCCAAGAACACCAUUGGGGAAGCUUUUGCAGCUGUCAGCAUCAAGGUUGGAGAGGAGACCACGGUAACGGAGUCAGCCCCAUAUUUCAUCCAGAAACCCUCCUCCAUCAAAGUAACUCUGGGGGAAGAUGCCAUGUUCAAAUGCAAAGUCCAGGGCAGCCCUCCCCUCUCUGUGAACUGGGAGAAGGAUGGGAGACACCUGCGGAACCGGGCUGACGCCGGCCGCUUCCAGAUUGAGUCUGCCGGGGAGUCAAACGCUCUCACAAUCCAGUGUGCCCGGCUGGGGGACAGUGGCACCUAUACCUGCCGGGCAGAGAAUCCCAUCGGCUCUGCCAGCGCUUCAGCUGCGCUGGUGGUGGAAACGCAGGGCUCUUCCAACCCAGGCAGCAGCAGCAGCCACUUCCAUACAAGCUGCGGCAAGACGGCGUCCUUGUUGUCUCACUUGCAAAAGAGGCGGGAGGAGAUCAGGAAGAUGGACGUCUCCCACGGGGCUCUUGACUCAACAUCUGCCCAGUCCUACCCCAUGACAGAAGGGUUGUCUGGCAUCGGCUACAGCCUCUCCCGGGAUUACGAGAGGGCGGCUGGAUUUAGCACCAAAGGGCCCCGCAACGCGACUUUUGGGGCAUUGACACGCACGUGCAGUGUGACGGAGGGGAAACACGCCAAGCUGAGCUGCUACGUGACGGGCGAGCCCAAGCCAGAGAUCGUGUGGAAGAAGGACGACGAGGUCAUUGUGGAAGGACGUCGGCAUGUCAUCUAUGAGGAUGAUCAGGAGAACUUUGUGCUGAAGAUCCUCUACUGCAAGCAGGUAGACAAUGGGCUGUACACCUGCACGGCCUCCAACCUGGCAGGCCAGACGUACAGCUCUGUACUCGUCACUGUCAAAGAACCCACAAUACCCUUCAAGGAAAAACUGAAGGAUCUUGAAGUGAGGGAGAAGGAAUCUGCCACCUUCCAAUGUGAAGUGCCUGUUCCUAGUACAGAGACAGCUUGGUUCAAGGAGGAAACCAAACUCCGGCAGAGCAAGAAAUACAACAUCGAAGAAGAGGGCACGUAUCGCCGGCUCACUGUCCAGAAUGUCACCACAGAUGAUGAUGCUGUCUAUAUUUGUGAGAUGAAAGAAGGGAGCAGGACCAUCGCAGAGUUGUCAGUCCAAGGGAACAUCAUUAAAAAACUUCCACGAAAGACUGCGGUCUUCAUAAACGAUACAGCCAUCUUCUGUGUGGAGCUGGACAAUGAAUGCCAGAACAUCCAAUGGCUGAAAAAUAAAGAAGUAGUGAAACCCAGUGAUCGAAUUUCCAUCACAUGCUCUGGCAAGCAACAUACCAUGAUCAUCCGAGAGUGUAAGAUGGAAGAUGCUGGUGAGAUUGCCUUCCUGGCUGAUGAAAGCAGGACUUCUACCCAGUUCACUGUGACCACUCCCAGAAAACCUCCCACCCAACCCCCAGCUGACCCUGUGGUGAAAAAUAAAACAGAAACCUCAGUGACGCUUGCAUGGUCCCCUCCAAAGAUGGACCGCCUCAUUCCGAUCGAUGGCUACAUCGUGGAACGCAAGAAACUAACUGGCUUUACGUGGGUGAGGUGCCAUGAGUCUCACGUCCCUGUCCCAGAGCUCACAGUGAGCAACUUGUUGGAAGAGGCUGACUAUCAGUUCCGAGUGUCUGCAGUCAACGCCUAUGGACAGAGUCCCUACCUGGAGUUCCCAGGAAGCAUGCGCCUUGGACCAGUCCUGGCUGUGAAAACCCCGCUGACAACCUUUGAAGCUAUACCUGGAGGGGAUGCCCUGUUUUCUAUUGACCUUACAACAACAUGUCCUGGCACUUGGUACCUUAAUGGUAAAGUCUUACAGGAAAGUGAGACCUACAUCAUCAAGAGAACUCAAACUGCUCACACCCUAAUCAUAAAGAAUGUCACCAAGAAUGAUGAUGGAGCAGAAGUGAAAUUUGUUGCCAGAAAUGUUGACGCCAGCACCAAGAUAAGAGUGAAAGGUGCUGCAGUGAGAUUUACCAACAAGAGCAGAGAUGUAGAAAAAGUCUCUGCUCGGCUGCGGGAGGAAGCCAAGCUUCAGGCUGAGCUUUCCGACACAGAAGCUACUGUGAAGUGGAUGAAGGAUGGGAAAGAGCUUAAGACCAGUGAAAAAUAUGAACUUCAAACUGUGGGGAAGAGGCACAUCCUGAAAAUUCGCAACACUGCAGCAGAGGAUGCUGGCGUUUAUGAGUGCGUCUGUGAAGGGGAUAAAAUGCUCUUUCAGCUUUCAGUGAAAGCACUUGCAAGCUUCAUAAACAAAGAGAAAAGUGGAGGAGUUAUCAGGGCCAUUGUUGGAAAGCAGGCUGAAUUUGUUUCUGAGACCUCUGAAGCCAACAUCAUGGUUAAGUGGUACAAAGAUGGCAAAGAAAUCACUGCCAGCAAGAAAUUCACCAUGGAAGAUAAAGGAAAACUGCAUAAGCUUGUGGCUUCAGCUGUGACAAAAGAAGAUGAAGGAAUAUACACAUGCAAAAUUGGAGAUGACACUCUUAUUUUUGAUUUAAAAGUCUCAGAUGAAGCUGUUAAUUUUGUCAACAAGCCCAAAACAACUCCAGAAAUAUCAGUCAGUCCUUCUGAAAAUCUUGAGCUGGUGUGUGAGGUGUCAUCUGCCAGUGGAGCUGUGGUAUGGAAGAAGAAUCAAACUGAGGUGAAGCAGGACCAGAGGACAACAGUCAUCUCUCAGGGGACACACCGCAAGCUCAUCAUCAAAAAGGUGACACAGCAAGACCAAGGGAGCUAUACCUGUGAAACAAAGGAUGACAGAACAGAAUUCCAAGUCAAAGUCAGAGAGAAAGAAGAUGUGUUUACAAACAAGGACAAGGUACAAAAGGAGGUGAAGGCUGUAUUGACACAAAACGCCACACUGAGCUGCGAGGUGGCCCAGGAGAAGACCGACGUGAAGUGGUACAAGGAGGGGAAACUGAUCACCUCGAGCAAGAAGUUCAAGGUGGAGUCGGAGGGCAAAUCGCGUCGUCUGGUGGUGGGUCAGGUGGAGAAGAAAGAUGCUGGGGAGUACACCUGCGAGGCUGCUGGCCAGAAACUUACCUUCAAGAUUGUCGUCACAGAGGCAGAGGAUGCAUUUAUCAACAAGGACAAAGUGAAGAAAGAGGUGAAAGCUGCACUAUCAGAAAAUGCCACACUGAGCUGCGAGGUGGCCCAGGAGAAGACCGACGUGAAAUGGUACAAGGAGGGGAAACUGAUCACCUCGAGCAAGAAGUUCAAGGUGGAGUCGGAGGGCAAAUCGCGUCGUCUGGUGGUGGGUCAGGUGGAGAAGAAAGAUGCUGGGGAGUACACCUGCGAGGCUGCUGGCCAGAAACUUACCUUCAAGAUUGUUGUCACAGAGGCAGAGGAUGCAUUUAUCAACAAGGACAAAGUGAAGAAAGAGGUCAAGGCUGCACUAUCAGAAAAUGCCACACUGAGCUGCGAGGUGGCCCAGGAGAAGACCGACGUGAAGUGGUACAAGGAGGGGAAACUGAUCACCUCGAGCAAGAAGUUCAAGGUGGAGUCGGAGGGCAAAUCGCGUCGUCUGGUGGUGGGUCAGGUGGAGAAGAAAGAUGCUGGGGAGUACACCUGCGAGGCUGCUGGCCAGAAACUUACCUUCAAGAUUGUCGUCACAGAAGCAGAGGAUGCAUUUAUUAAUAAGGACAAAGUGAAGAAAGAGGUGAAAGCUGCACUAUCAGAAAAUGCCACACUGAGCUGCGAGGUGGCCCAGGAGAAGACCGACGUGAAGUGGUACAAGGAGGGGAAACUGAUCACCUCGAGCAAGAAGUUCAAGGUGGAGUCGGAGGGCAAAUCGCGUCGUCUGGUGGUGGGUCAGGUGGAGAAGAAAGAUGCCGGGGAGUACACCUGCGAGGCUGCUGGCCAGAAACUUACCUUCAAGCUUGACAUUACAGAUGAUGUGUUUGAACACAAAGACAAAGUGCAAAAAGACGUGAAGGCAGUGCUGAAGGAGAACACCACUCUGACCUGCGAGGUGGCCCAGGAGAAGACCGACGUGAAGUGGUACAAGGAGGGGAAACUGAUCACCUCGAGCAAGAAGUUCAAGGUGGAGUCGGAGGGCAAAUCGCGUCGUCUGGUGGUGGGUCAGGUGGAGAAGAAAGAUGCUGGGGAGUACACCUGCGAGGCUGCUGGCCAGAAACUUACCUUCAAGAUUGUCGUCACAGAGGCAGAAGAUGCUUUCAUCAACAAGGACAAAGUGAAGAAAGAGGUGAAGGCUGCACUAUCAGAAAAUGCCACACUGAGCUGCGAGGUGGCCCAGGAGAAGACCGACGUGAAGUGGUACAAGGAGGGGAAACUGAUCACCUCGAGCAAGAAGUUCAAGGUGGAGUCGGAGGGCAAAUCGCGUCGUCUGGUGGUGGGUCAGGUGGAGAAGAAAGAUGCUGGGGAGUACACCUGCGAGGCUGCUGGCCAGAAACUUACCUUCAAGCUUGACAUUACAGAGCCAGAAGUUGUGUUUACAAACAAGGAGAAGGUCCAGAAAGAGGUGAAAGCUGCACUAUCAGAAAAUGCCACACUGAGCUGCGAGGUGGCCCAGGAGAAGACCGACGUGAAGUGGUACAAGGAGGGGAAACUGAUCACCUCGAGCAAGAAGUUCAAGGUGGAGUCGGAGGGCAAAUCGCGUCGUCUGGUGGUGGGUCAGGUGGAGAAGAAAGAUGCUGGGGAGUACACCUGCGAGGCUGCUGGCCAGAAACUUACCUUCAAGAUUGUCGUCACAGAGCCAAAAGCUGCAUUUAUAAAUGAGGAGAAGGUCCAGAAGGAGGUGAAUGCUGUCCUGACAGAAAGUGCCACCCUCAGCUGUGAGGUAGCACAGGAUGCAACCGAAGUAAAAUGGUUCAAGGAUGGAAGACUGCUCAUUUCCUCUAGAAAAUUCAAAAUAGAAACCAUGGGCAAAACCCGGCGCCUGGUUAUAGAGCAACUGGAGAAGAAAGAUGCUGGAGAAUACAUCUGUGAGGCUGCAGGCCAGAAGCUGACCUUCAAGUUGAAACCAACUGAACCAGAGGCUAAAUUUGAAAAGAAAGUUGUCCAGAAAGAGCCUCUUGUUGUUCAAGAAUAUGAAAGCAUCACACUGACUACUUCAGUAACACCUGAAACUGCUGCAGUAAAGUGGUUUAAGGAUGGAACAGAAAUCAAGGCGAGCAAGAAAUAUGAGAUCAAGAGUGAGGGGCCAUCCAGGACCCUGACACUGAACCUGGCUGAGAGCACAGACACUGCUGUGUACACUUGCCAAACGAAGAGCGACAAGCAGGAAUUCAAAGUACAGGUGAAAGAAAUCCCACUGAAGUUUGCCAAAAAACUUGAAGCUGUUAAUGCUGAGAUUGGAGGCAGCGUCUCUUUGACCUGUGAUGUAAGCCACGCCAAAGGGAAGGUGGUGUGGCGCAGGAAUGGAGUCGAGAUCAAGCCCAGCAAACGAUUCCAGAUUCACGAGGAAGGGGUCAAACGAACCCUGACAAUAACAGGGAUCCGCGCUGAGGAUGAGGGAGAGUACUCCUGUGAGUCCAGAGAUGACAAGAGCAGCAUUACCAUCACCCCCAAAGCUCCCAGAGUGGUGAAAUUUGUUGCGAGUCUCAACAACGUGGUCUCUGAGGAAGGAAAAGAGGCUGUAUUCAAGUGCACCGUCUCUCCCAGUGAUGCCGUGGUCACUUGGCUCAGGAAUGGUGUCAAGAUUGAAGCCAGCAAGAAGUAUGUGAUCGCCCAGAAGGACACCAGCCACAGCCUCACCAUCACUGAUCUGACACUAGAAGAUGCAGCUGAAAUCUCCGCCAAUGCUGAGGGUGUAGAAAGCACAGCCAAUCUCAGAGUCCGAGAGGCCUCAAUCUCAUUCAAGAAGAAACUGGAGCCCAGAACAGUUGAAGAGAGGGACACAGUGACCUUGGAGGUAGAGCUGACUAAGCCUGCAGAGGUUAAGUGGAUGAGGAACAGCAUCGUCUUGAAGCCCAGUGAAAAAAUAGAGAUCAAAGCUGAGGGAACAAAGCACACCUUGGUGGUUAAGGACAUCUCCUUUGCAGACAGGGGCUUCUACUGCUGUGAAAGUCCCGAUGACAAGACCCAAGCCAAGAUCAAUGUGGAAAUGAGGCAGAUCAAGCUGGUGAAAGGUCUUCAGCCCCUCCAAGUGUCUGAGAAAGGGACCGUCACCUUCGAGGUGGAGGUAUCGCAUGAGGACGUGGAAGGGAUCUGGCAGAAGGAUGGUGUUCGGCUGAAGCCUUCAUCGAAUAUCAGCAUCCGUGUCCUGGGAAAGAAACAUUCACUGACUCUUUCUUCCGUGACUCUUGAAGAUGCAGGAGUCAUCUCCUUCAAAGCAGAUGGUGUUCAUUCAUCAGGGAAGCUCACUGUGACAGAAUUGCCGGUGAGAAUCAGCAAACCUUUGGUAGACAUCAGUGUAACUCAGAAGGACAAGGUCAUAUUCGAGUGUGAGCUGUCCAGGCCCAAUGUGGAUGUUAAGUGGUUCAAGGAUGGGAAGGAGCUCCGGCAAAGUAAAAAAGUGGGGAUUAUUUCCCAGGAAAAUAAGAGAAUCCUCAUUAUUCACAAGUGUGAAUAUGAAGACCAGGGAACAUAUACGUGUGAAGCAGCUGAAGACAAAACAUCAGCUACCCUAAAGGUUCAUGCCCGAGAUAUCAAGAUUGUUAAACCACUAGAAGAUGUGGAAGUGAAUGAAUAUGAGAGUGCAUCUUUCGUCUGCGAGAUUUCACAUGAUGAGGUCCAAACCCAAUGGUACAAAAAUGACAACAAACUGAAGACUACCGACAAUAUUAGAAUGCGUCAAGAUGGAAAGACCUAUUUGUUGACUUACACCUGUGUCCAAGUUGAAGAUGCAGCAGAGAUCAAAUUUGUAGCAGAAAAGGCAGAAUCUCGUGCCCACCUUACUGUAAAAGAGCUGCCUGUAAAAAUUGUGAAGCCUUUGCGAGAUAAGAUUGCUCUUGAAAAACAUCGGGGAUUCUUAGAGUGCCAGGUGUCUCGUGCCAAUGCUGAAGUUAGAUGGUAUAAAAAGGAUGUUGAAAUUCACCCGAGUGACAAAUAUGAAAUUGUGAGCGAUGGUGUCUACCGGAAACUCAUCAUCAACGAUGCAGAUUAUGAAGAUGAGGACACAUACACUUGUGAUGCCUUUGAUGACAAAAGCAGUGCUAAUUUCUUUGUUGAAGAGCAAGCCAUUAAUAUUUUAAAGGACUUGUGUGAUGAGGAUGUGACUGAGCCUGAAGAAGCCAAGUUUGAAUGUGAGAUAUCCAUUCCAUCUGUGAAACCCCCCAAAUGGUCUCUACGUGGAGAAGUCUUGCAGGCUGGCAGAAACAUUAUCAUUCAGCAAGAAGGCACCAUCCACAGGCUGAAAAUACUGAAAACAACUGCUGAUAUGACAGGCACCAUUCAGUUCUCCAUUGGCAAAUCCAAAUCCAUAGCAAACCUGCUUGUCAGAGAUUACCACAUACAGAUCACCAGGAAAAUAGAGGACAAGACAGCUCUGGAGCGCCAUUCAGUCAUCCUGUCCUGUGACUUCAGGCCUUCUCCAAAGAUUGUGAAGUGGUUCAAGGACCACACACCCAUUGAGCCCUCUGAGAAGUACAAAAUCAAGCGGGAGCAGCAUUCAGCAGAACUCAAGAUUUUGAAGGUGAAGCCCGAAGAUGCUGGUGUGUACAAGUGCAGGGCUGGAAACGCAGAGACCGAAGCCACGCUGACUGUUGAAGCCCGCAAUGUAGAAGUACUCAAACACCUGCAGGACGUGGAAAUUGAGGAAGGGAGUUCUGCUAUCUUCUCCUGCGAGCUGUCUCAUGAUGACGAGGAUGUGGAAUGGUUUCUCAACGGCACCCUCCUUUACACCAACAACUUCAAUGACAUCAGGAAUGUUGGCAACUGCUACACGCUAACAAUGAAGCAGGUCAAGCCCGAGGAUGCUGGCACAGUGACAAUGAAGUCAGACAAAGUGUCAGAGACCGUGCGUCUGAAGGUGAUAGAGAAGCCCGCUGUCUUCAUGAAGUCCUUGGAUGAUAUUUUUGGUGAGGAGCGAGGUAUGAUUAAACUGGAAUGUGAAGUCUCCAAAGAGAAGGUCAAACCUGUCUGGAAAAAGGAUGGUGUGAAGCUCACUUCUGGUAACAAGUAUGAACAGAUACAGUCUGGGAAGACCCUUUGCCUCCUUAUUCAUGACCUUGAAAAGACAGAUGCAGGUUUAUACACAUGUGAUAUUGGCACUGAUGUUGCCAAAUCAAAGGUCAACAUUCAGGAACUGAACAUUGGCAUCACCAAACGGCUGAAGAACACUGAAAUCCAGGAGGGAGAAGAUUGCACUUUUGAGUGCAUUUUGUCCCAUGAAAGCAUUGACGACUUCAAGUGGACACUGAAUGGGAGCAAAGUGGAAAGUGGCGGGCGAUUUAAAGCCUCUAACACGGGUCGGAAAUAUACACUUAGUAUCAAAAGUGUGAUUCCUGAUGAUGCUGGGGAAGUAAUUUUCACUGCCCGUGGUCUAACCUCCAAGGCUUCUCUGGUUGUGAAAGAGAAACCUACUGAAGUUACAAAACAGCUGGAGGAUAAAACGUCGACAGUGGGGCAGGACAUCAGCCUGAGCUGUGAACUGUCAAAACCUGAUGUGAACAUUAGGUGGUAUAAGGAUGGCAAAGCAAUCCGAAAAAGCCAGAAAUAUGACUUGCACCAAGAGGGAACACGGGCCAUUCUGAUCAUCCAUGACUCCACAGUCAAGGACAGUGGGGAGUACACCUGCGAGACAGAGGUCUUUAAAACAAAAGCCAAGAUCACAGUUCAAGAAAAACCUAAUUAUUUUGUCAAGGAACUUUCAGAUCUGAAAGUUGAUGAAAGUGGAACUGCAGUUCUUAUGUGCCAGAGUGAGAAAGCUGCAUCCUCUGUGGUCUGGAGGAAAGGCAUAGCUGAACUCAGGACGAGCAGGAAAUAUGUGAUCACACAGAAAGGACAAGUCCUCCAGCUGACCAUAAAUAACUUGGAGAAAAGUGACAGUGAUACUUACACCUGCGACAUUGGUGAUGCCCAGUCCAGAGCCAAGCUAGUCGUGCAAGGCCAGAAAGUGCUAAUAACAGAAGACCUGGAAGAUGUCACUGUGUUAGAAGGAGAAUCUGCCAUGUUCAAAUGCAGAAUCUCUCCUGUAGACUAUAGCAAAGUGCAGUGGUUUUUGGAUAAAACCCCACUCCAUACCAAUGAACUUAAUGAGAUCCAGUCUCAGCCUGAUGGAUAUCACUUGCUAACGUUGAAAAAACUCUCACUGAAGGACUCGGGGGUCAUUACAUUUGAAGCUGGUGAUAAGAAAACAUCUGCCAGUUUGGUUGUUAAAGAGAAGCCCUGCAUCUUCACAAAGGAGCUGGUUGAUAUUGAAGUCACUGAGGGAGAGGAUGUGAUCCUUCACUGUGAAACCUCCAGAUCAGACAGCCCUGUAAAGUGGUACAAAGACGGGAAGAGCCUUAGGAAUUCUUCCAAGUAUAACAUCAGCCGGUCGGGAUUUGAAGCCAAGCUUGUCAUUCUCAGGGCAGAAGAAAGAGACAGUGGCAGAUAUGAGUGUGAGGCUGGAGCAGCUAAAAGUAGUGCAGUUAUUUCUGUGAAGGAAAUACCAGUUCUUUUCAGGCAAGAGCUCCAAAAUGAAGAAGCUAAAGAAGGAAAACAAGUCAAGCUGACCUGUGAGCUCAGCAAACCCGAUACCCCAGUGAAAUGGAUGAAAGGAGACACUGUUCUCUAUGCCAGCGAGAAGUAUGAAUUUAAGCAACAUGGUACUGUGGCAGAGCUUAUUAUUCGAGAUGUCAAAUCGAUAGACUCUGGAGACUACACCUGCAGCACUGGGGAACUGAAGACCACUGCUCAGGUGAAAGUAAAUGCUGUGCCUGUCCUUUUUAAACAAGCCCUGGAGAACACGGAAAUGGAAGAGGGGAAAUCUGUCUCCUUGCGCUGUGAACUCACAAAAGCUGAUGCCACCGUGGUGUGGAAGAAGGGAGAAGCCACGCUCCGCCCAAGUGCCAAAUAUGAAAUGAAGCAGAAGGGGACCGUGGCAGAGCUGGUGAUUCAUAAUGUUGAGCCAGGAGAUGCAGGAAGAUACACCUGCGACACCGGAGACCAGCAGACCACGGCCCAAGUCAAAAUCCAUGCUGUCUCUGUGCUCAUCAAAGAAGAGCUGAAGAACAUGGAAGCUGUGGAAGGUGGGACAGCCACCCUACGGUGCCAGCUGAGCAGAGAGGCCCCCGUGGAGUGGAGGAAGGGGCAUACUCUUCUCCGACCAAGUAACAAGUACAGGAUGAGGCAGGAGGGCACGGUGGCUGAGCUACUGAUCCAUGACCUGGACCCAAAGGAUGCUGGAGACUAUACAUGUGUAGUGGGGAAUCAAAAAACCACAGCAGCCUUAUCAGUGAAUGCCCUGCCAAUCCGUUUCAAGAAAGAGCUGAAGAACGAGGAAGCCACCGAGAGCGGGACGGCCACAUUGCAGUGUGAGCUGAGCCAGGCGGUGGGCUCGGUCGAGUGGAGGAAGGACGGGAAGGUGUUGGUGCCAAAUGGAAAAUACAAAAUGAGACGGGAAGGGCGUUUUGUUGAGCUGGUUAUCCAGGACCUAGACCUGAUGGAUGCUGGGAGCUAUACAUGCAUAUGUGGAGACCAGAAGACAACAGCUGCCUUGAGAGUGAAUGCCUUGCCUAUCCUCUUCCAAGAAGAAGUGUUGAACAAAGAAGCUACAGAGGGGGAGGCAGUCACUUUGCAUUGUAAACUGAGCAAAUCGGCCCCGGUCGAGUGGAGAAAGGGGAAUAAGGUCCUCAAGCCAAGUGAAAAAUACAAAAUAGAGCAGGAAGGUCCCUUUGCAGAGCUGAUGAUCCGAGAUCUGGAUUUGGCAGACGCUGGUGAUUACAGCUGUGUGUGUGGAGAUCAACAAACUACGGCUGCUUUGACAGUAAAUGUCCUGCCUGCUCUUUUCACCAAAGAACUGACAGAUGAAGAAGCCACAGAAGGUAAAAAUGUCUGUCUGCACUGUGAGCUGAACAAGGCUGCUGCUAACGUGGAGUGGAAGAAGGGAUUCAAGACCCUCAAAUCAAGCGACAAAUACAAAAUGAAACGCGAAGGUGUCGUUGCUGAGCUUAUAAUCCAAAAUCUAGACACGACGGAUGCUGGAAAUUAUUCCUGCGUGUGCGGAGACCAGCAGACUAUGGCAGUUUUAACAGUACAUGCUUUGCCCGCAUUUUUCAAAGAAGGAUUGAAGAACAGAGAAGCCACAGAUGGUGCAACAGCCACUCUGCACUGCGAGCUGAGCAAGGUCGGUGUCCCAGUGGAGUGGAAAAAAGGGGACAAGACACUCAAACCAAGCGAUAAGUAUAGGAUGAGACAAGAAGAUACUGCUGCAGAGCUGCUGAUCCGAGAUCUGGAGGUAGAAGAUACAGGAGAAUAUACCUGUGUGUGUGGAGACCAGAAGACCUCAGCCGUCUUGACAGUCCAUGCUUUGCCUGCACUGUUCAAAAAAGAACUUGUCAAUAUUGAAGCCACAGAAAACGGGACUGCCCUUCUGCAGUGUGAGCUAACUAAACCCACUCCGGUGGAGUGGAGGAAAGGGCAAAAGGUGCUCAAGCCUAGUGAGAAGUACAAAAUGAGACUGAAGGAUACCAUUGCUGAGCUGACAGUCCAUAGCCUGGAGGAGCAAGAUGCGGGAAAUUACACAUGCGUGUGCGGAGACAAGAUGACUACUGCAUCCCUGACAGUGCAUGCCCUUCCUCCACAUUUUAAAAAAGAGCUGAAGAAUGUGGAAGCCACAGAAAAAGGCACGGCCACUUUCUGCUGUGAACUGAACAAGCCCGCAGCUGCUGUGGAAUGGAGGAAAGGAGACAGAGCCCUGGAGGCAAAUGACAAGUUCACCAUGAAGUGCGAGGCCACAACUGCUGAGCUGGUGAUCCGUGAUUUAGAUCUGACAGAUGCUGGAGAUUACACAUGUUGUUGUGGAGAUCAGAAAACUACUGCUGCGCUCAAAGUGAAUGCCUUGCCUGCACACUUCAAGAAAGAAAUGAAGAAUGAAGAAGCCACAGAAGGUGGAACAGCCACACUACAAUGUGAGCUCUCUAAGGCUGCCUCUGUGGAGUGGAAAAAGAAACACAAAGUGCUCAAAUCAAGUGAAAAAUAUACUAUGAGACAGGAAGGUACUACAGCACAACUGCUGAUCCAUGCUUUAGAAGUCAAGGAUGCUGGGGAGUAUACUUGUGUGUGUGGAGGCGAGAAGACCACAGCAGCACUGACAGUGCAUGCCCUUCCUGCUCUCUUCAAAGAAGAGCUAAAAAAUGAAGAAGCCACAGAGGGUGAAGUAGUGACUCUGCGCUGUGAGCUGACCAAGGCCGCUUCAGUGGAGUGGAAAAAGGGACACACAGUACUCAAACCUAGUGAGAAAUACAAAAUGAGGCAGAAGGAUGUCACUGCAGAACUGGUGAUCCAUAAUCUAAAUGAGAACGAUGCUGGCGAUUAUACCUGUGUGUGUGGGGAUAAGCAGUCCACAGCUUCCUUAGCAGUACAUGCGCUGCCUGCACGCAUCCAGGAGAGCCUGAAGGACGAGGAGGUAACAGAAGGUCAAGCAGCCACUCUGCGCUGUGAGCUGACCAAGGUUGCUCAAGUAGAGUGGAGAAAGGGAAGCAGUUUGCUCAAAGUCAGCGACAAAUACAAAAUGAGACAGGAGGGCACAGUCAUGAAGCUGCUUAUCCAUGACGUAGAGUUGAAAGAUGCUGGAGAAUACACUUGUGUGUGUGGAGAACAGGAGACAACAGCUGCCUUGAUAGUGAAUGCCCUGCCUGCACUUUUCAAAGAAGAACUGAAGGACCUGCAAGCCAUGGAAAGCCAAACAGCCACUCUGCGCUGUGUGCUGACCAAGGCUGCAGCUGUGUCAUGGAAGAAAGGAAACAAAAUACUCGGGGCAAGUGAAAAAUACAUCAUGCGGCAGGAUAAUGUCCUUGCUGAGCUGGAAAUCUGUGAGCUAGAGCUGCAGGACGGGGGAGACUAUACCUGUGUGUGUGGAGACCAACACACCACAGCUUCUCUGACCGUGAAUGCCCUGCCAGUGCUUUUCAAGGAAGAACUGAAGAAUGAAGAAGUCCAAGAAGGAGCAUCAGUCUCUCUGCGUUGUGAAUUAACCAAAGCAGCUCCAGUUCAGUGGAAAAUAGGGUCCAAAGUGCUCAAAGAAAGUGACAAAUAUCAAAUGAGACAGCCUGGCACCACUGCAGAGCUGGUCAUUCAUGACCUAGAAGUAAAAGAUGCUGGAGAUUACACCUGUGUGUGUGGUGACCAGAAGACAACAUCAACCUUAACAGUUCAUGCUCUGGCACCACUCUUUAAGGAAGAGCUAAAAAACAAGGCAGCAGAAGAAGGUGGAGAAGUGGUCCUGCACUGUGAACUCACCAAGGCUGCUCAGGUGGAGUGGCAGAAAGACCAGAGGAUUCUCAAAGCGAGUGACAAAUACAGAAUGAGGCAGGAAGGGACCAAGGCAGAGCUGGUGAUUCAUGAAAUAGCUGAGGAGGAUGCAGGAGACUACACCUGUGUGUGUGGGGAGCACCAUACUACAGCCGUUUUAACAGUACAGGCUGUGCCUCCAUUUUUCCAAGAAGAAAUAAGCAGCAAAGAAGCAGUCGAAGGUGGAACGGCCACAUUGCACUGUGAGCUCAGCAAGGCAUCUGCCCAGGUUCAGUGGAAGAAGGGCCACCACGUCCUCACCUCAGACAACAAGUACAGCAUGAGAAAGGAAGGCUGUGUUGUGGAGCUGGUAGUUCACGAUUUAGACUUGAACGAUACUGGAGAUUAUACCUGUGUGUGUGGAGACAAGACCAGCACAGCUGCCUUAACAGUACAUGCACUGCCUCCAGAAUUCAAAAAAGACCUGAAGGACCUAGAAGCCAUGGAAAGUGGGACAGCUGCUCUGCACUGUGAGCUGACUAAACCUGCUGUGGUGGAGUGGAAGAAAGGGCAGGAGGUCCUCAAAACAAGCAGCAAGUAUAAAAUAAGUCAAGAUGGUGCUGUUGCAAAGCUGAUUAUCCAUGAGCUCGAUGUGGAGGAUGCUGGAGAUUACACCUGUGUGUGUGGAGAUCAGCAGUCAACUGCCACUUUGACAGUAAAUGCCCUACCAGCACAUUUUAAACAAGAGCUCCAGAAUACCGAGGCAGAAGAAGGUGGUACAGCAACACUGAGGUGUGAGCUUACCAAACCCAAGGCUCCCAUAGAGUGGAAGAAAGGGGAUAUUACUCUCUACCCUGGUUUGAAAUAUGAGAUGAAGCAGCAGGGUACCACUGCUGAAUUGGUCAUUUAUGACCUAAAACUGGACGAUUCAGGAAGAUACACCUGUGACUCUGGACAUCAGCAGACAACGGCUGUGGUAACCGUACAUGCACUUCCUGUUACAUUUAAGCAACCCCUACAAAAUAAGGAAUCAGAGGAAGGAAGUACAGCUAUAUUCUGUUGUGAGCUGUCAAACCCCAAUGCUACAGUGGAGUGGAGGAAAGGAGGAGUGGGGCUGCAGCCCAGCCAGAAAUAUGAAAUAAGGCAGAGGAAAUGCCUGGUAGAGCUCUUAAUACAUAAUCUCAAAUUAGAAGAUACAGGAGAAUACAGCUGCGAUACUGGGGAUCAGGAAACCAAGGCAUCUUUAAAUGUGAAAGCUCUGCCAGUUCUUUUCAAAAAGGAGUUGAAGGACAAGGAGGCAGAAGAAGGAGCUUCAGUGAAAUUCCAGUGUGAGCUGACAAAGGAUAGUGCAACCGUAGAGUGGAGGAAAGGCACCAUGGAGAUCUUCCCAUGCACCAAAUAUGAAAUUAAAUUAAGUGGUCGCACAGCUGAACUUGUGAUUCAUAAUGUUGAACCAGAAGAUGCUUCUGAUUACACAUGUGAUACGGGAGACCAGCAGAGCACAGCAGUCCUCAGAGUGAAUGCCAUCAAACCCCGGCUGAAGCAGCAGCUGAAGAAUGAAGAAGUGGAAGCGGGAGGAACAGCCAGACUGCGCUGUGAGAUUUCCAUUAGCAAAGCAGAAGUGGAGUGGAGGAAAGAUGGAGUUGUCCUUCAUUCAAGCUCCAAGUACGAAAUGCGGCAGGACGGCACCUUCCGCGAGCUGCAUGUUCACUGCCUGGAGCCUAGUGAUGCUGGAGAGUAUUCCUGCAAGGCUGGAGAUGACACAAGCUCUGCACAACUGACCGUGAAAGAGCCUGAUGUGACCAUUGUGAGUGGCCUAAAGGACAUGGUGGUGUUGGAAGGGGACGAUGUCACAUUUCAGUGCCAGGUCUCUCAUGAAAACGCAAGGGACGUUGAAUGGAAGCUACAGGAUGUUGCUCUGCAAAAUAAUGAAAUGAACGAGAUCUCGGUGGAAAAAGGAAAAAUUCACACCCUGACAUUAAAGAAGGUGACUGAGCAGGACAUUGGCACCAUCACUUUCCGAGUGGGACCCCACAUGACGACAGCAGAGCUCACAGUAAGAGUGCCACCUCCAGUCUUUAAGGAGAAAUUACAGAACACAGAACUGCAGGAAGAAGAAACAGCCAUUCUCCGCUGCGAGGUCUCCCAGCCUGACGCUGCGGUGGAGUGGAAGAAGGGUGCUCAAGUGAUUUCCCCAAGCUCCAAGUAUGAAAUCAGGCAGGAGGGAACAAUCCAUACUUUAAAGAUUUAUCACUUAAAACCAGAGGACUCUGGCAAAUACACUUGUGAUAAUGGAAACGAACAAACAACAGCCACUUUAACUGUUAAAGAUUUACCAGUAAUCUUCACACAACCACUCCGGAACCAGGAAGCUGAAGAAGGCGGCACCAUCACUUUGAGCUGCGAAAUCUCAAAAACGAAUGCCGCUGUGCAGUGGAAGAAGGCCGGGACAUUGCUGCGACCAAGUGACAAAUACAAGAUGCAACAAUCUGGAUCCGUGGCUGAGCUGACGAUUCGCAACCUGAGUGAAGCUGAUGCUGGGGAAUACAUGUGUGACACAGGGAACCAGCAAACCACUGCAGUCUUGUUUGUGAAAGAACCAGCAGCAGCCAUAGUGGAGACACUGAAGGAUGUCACUUCGUAUGAAGGAGAAGACGCCGUGUUUGAAUGCAGGCUAUCCCAGGAAACAACUCAGGAUGCCCAGUGGUUCCUGGGGGACGUUCCCCUUCAAUCCAAUGAAAUGAAUGAGAUCAGAGUCCAAGGGACGUGUCACACUUUGAUCCUGAGGAAAGUGACACUGGAAGACUGUGGGGCCAUCAGUUUCAAAGUUGGGCAGCAUGCCUCAACGGCACAGCUAACGGUCCAAGCUGCUCCGGUCACCUUUGUAAAGGCGCUCCACAGCCUGGAGCUACAAGAGGGUGGCACGGCUCACUUGUCCUGUGAGGUGUCCAAGCCUGAUGUCCCUGUGGAGUGGAAGAAAGGCACGUCAGUGAUCCGCUCCAGCCAGAAGUGCAGCAUCAAGCAGGAGGGGAACGUGCACACUCUGGUCAUUCACGAUUUGAACCGUGCAGACUCAGGGGAAUAUAGCUGCCACGCAGCUGGUGGGAAGACCACUGCCAGGCUAGAGGUUAAAGCCCUGCCCGUGCUUUUCAAACACUGGCUGAAAAACGAGGAGGUGGAGGAAGGGUGCACAGCCAUGCUGCACUGCGAGCUGACGAAACCCAACGCACCCGUGGAGUGGAGGAAAGGAGAGACGGUGCUGCAGUCAAGUGACAAGUAUGAGAUCCGUCAGGAGGGCACACACGUUGAGCUCUUCAUCUAUGAUGCUGAGGCUCAGGAUGCAGGAGAUUAUACGUGCGACUCGGGGGAUCAGCAGACCACUGCGUCGCUGCAAGUCAAAGUACUACCUGUGCUGUUUAAUGAAGAGCUGAAAAAUGUAGAGUCUGAAGAAGGGGGAACAGCUGUCUUGCACUGUGAGAUCUCCAAGCCGGAUGCCCCCGUUGAGUGGAGAAAAGGAGGGGUGGUCAUCCAGCCCAGUGACAAGUACGAGAUGAAGCUGAAAGGCAGCAUUGCUGAGCUGAUCAUCCAUGGUGUAGAGCCUGAUGACUGUGGGGAUUAUACCUGUAGCACUGGAUAUGAGAUCACCACGGGUUCUGUGUAUGUGCAAGAAGAAGCAGCAGUCAUAGUUUCUGGUUUAAAGAACACAGACGUCUUUGUGGGUGAGUCAGCCACGUUCACCUGCGAGCUCUCACACCCGGGCGUGAAGAACGUGCAGUGGUGGCUCGAUGGAUCUCCCCUUCACAACAACCUUGUGACUGAAAUCUCUGAGCAGGAUGGGAUGGUCCACACUUUAACCCUAAAUGACGUGGCAUGCCAUGACUCAGGCACUGUCACCUUCAGAGCUGGGUCCCUUAUAUCUUCAGCUAAAUUAUUAGUCAAAGAUCCAACCAUUGAAGUGGUCAGUCCCAUGCAGGAUAUAACUGUUGAUGAAGAUGGCACAGCAGAGUUCAUAUGCCAAUAUUCUAGGCCAGUACACGCCAUAUGGAAGAAAAAUGAUCAGGAAAUACAUGCAGAUGGGCAGCGAGUGAUUAUCGAUCAGGACUGGAAUGUAAGCAUGCUAAAAAUUAAACCUACGGUACCGGAAGACGCUGGCAUCUAUUCUUGUGAAGCUGAAGGCACUAAAGUGAUGGCUGCACUUGAUGUUCAAGCCAAGAACAGCAUUGUCCAGGGCUUGGAGAAUGUGGAAGCUGUGGAAGGAGGGGAAGCCCUUUUUGAAUGCUAUCUUUCCAAGCCUGAGUGCUACAACUACAACUGGCUGAUUGACGAUGAGCCUGCCAAAACUACAGAAAACACUGAGAUGGUUUACUUUGAAAAUGGGCAGAGGCAUCUGCUGCUGCUGAAGAACCUAACUCCCCGGGACAGCUGCAGGGUGACUUUUACGUGCAGCGAUGCGGUGACCUCAGCCUUCCUGACGGUGAAAGGAUGGCGCCUACAGAUCUUGCAGCCUCUCAGAGACGUGGAAGUCUCACCAGGGGAGGAAGCUACGUUCAGCUGUGUUCUAAGUGAAGCUGUGCCAAUUAACGAAGUUGCCUGGUAUAGUAAUGACAUAGAGAUCCAGUCAGAUGAGGACUGGGAGGUACAAGCAGAUGGAAACAAAUACAAGCUUAUUCUGAAAAAAGCCCAACCACAUCAUUCUGGAGAGGUGACCUUUGCUUCCAGGGAAGCAAUUGCAUCAGCGAAGUUGUCUGUGAUAGCCCACCCUGAUCCACCUGAAGAACCUGAAGUUUUAAGUAAGAACAGCCACUCUGUUACUCUGUCUUGGUACAAGCCGUUGAGCGACGGUGGUUGUGACAUCCUAGGCUACAAUGUGGAGAGGAAAAUCCCAGGUAUUGGCUGGCAGUCAUGCAGCAAAGGCAUUAUUCCAGACACGGAGUUUACAGUGGACGAUCUCACCCCGGGUGAACCUUACAGAUUCCGCGUCUCAGCUAUAAACAAAGUUGGGGCCAGCGAGCCAGUGCACUUCCCUCAGAUGGUGCGGCUAGAACCUCCAGUUACAGUCACCCAUCCUCUGGUGGGAGGAUCAGUCUCUGAAGGGGCGGUGGCUCGCUUGGAGUGCAAAUUAUCCAGUGAAACUGAAGAGGGAGUGACAUGGUUCAAAGGAAAAGAAGAAAUACAAGCUGGGGGGAGAUACGAAAUCCUCUCUGAUGCAAAAAAGCAGAUACUCAUUAUUCAUGCAUUUAAACCUGAAGAUCAAGACACAUAUACCUGCAUGGUUUCUCCAGAAGUCAAAUCUGUUGCCAGCUUGUGUCUUGAAGUUCCCACAGUGACAAUGCUAAAAGAGAUCGCCAGGGAAGCAGCCCCUGCAAGCCAACCAGAAGAGCUGGUGGAUGGGCAUGUACAGCCCAGCUUGCCCCCUGAGGCUGCUCAGGAGGGAGACCUUCACCUCCUGUGGGAAGCCCUGGCCAAGAAACGCCGGAUGAGCCGGGAGCCCACCUUGGAUUCCAUCAGUGAAGUGCCUGAAGAGGACGAGAAGCUUCAGAAGUUGAGGAAGGAGGAAGCAGAGAUGUCUCACUAUUACUCAGAGGAGUACUCCACGUGUGAUGAGCUGGCUAGGACAGGAGAAGCAGAUUUCUCUUUCACCAGCUCAGAUGAUGAGUCUAGAGCUGGAACGCCUUCACUGGUGAACUACCUCAAGAAAGCUGGGAAGACAAGUAUCAGUGUUACUAGCAAGGCUCAGUCCAUCUCCACAGGCAAAUUAUGGAAACAGUGGGAGAAAUCUAGUGUGGAGACUGUUGUGGCUGCCCCAGCUGCUAAGCCAGUUGAACCAGAAAUGCCAGACUUAGACGAUCCUUCCAUGAACAAGGCUGCUGUGAAGAUCCAGGCUGCUUUCAAAGGUUACAAAGUCAGGAAAGAGAUCAAGCAACAAGAGUGCCCGAUGUUUACUGAGACCUUCAAAGAUUUCUCUGGUGAACCUGGAAGCACUCUCCACCUUGAGUGUGUGGCCCACAGUAAAACUGACAUGAAAGUCCGUUGGCUGAAAGAUGGGGAAGAGCUAUCAGAUGGUCGCUACUAUCACAUAGACAAUUACAGUGAUGGGACCUGCUCUUUGAUUAUCACUGGUCUGGAUAGGAAAGAUGCGGGUAAAUACACCUGCGAAGCAUCCAAUAAAUUUGGCAAGGUUUCACACAGUGCUAAGGUGGUUAUUGGCACUCAGGAACCUCAAGUUCUUCGUAAGGAGAAGCAGGUUAAACAAAGCACUGACAGUGAGACAGAGAGCUCGUCUGGCAGUGAACUGGAUGAUGCUUUCCGUAAAGCAGGAAGGAGACUCCAUAGACUCUUUAGGGCCAAGAUCUCAACAGAGAUAUCUGAUGUGGAGGAAGAACUCUUUGUCAGUGCAGAUGAAGGGGACAUAGAUGUGGUCGACCAUCAGACAUAUCGUGAGGAUGACCAGUACAUCUACAUCAAGUUUGAAAUCUUGUCUGAGGCAAAAACUGCUGCCACUCGAUUCAGAGAGAUGUUUGGUGCCCUGGGAAUUCCCGUGGAGAUUGACAUUUUGGAACAAGGCCCUAAAAAAAUUGAAUUGCGUAUUGGGAAAGCAACACAACCCACCCAUGGGAAGUUUGCACCACCAGUUGUGAGACCUCCACCACCCUUGCUGACUUCUGAUACAGCUCCCAUGUUCAUGACUGAGCUCCAAAACCAAGAGGUGCAAGAUGGAUAUCCAGUCAGCUUUGACUGCAUUGUUGUUGGCAAACCACUCCCCACGGUUCGCUGGUUCAAGGAUGGGAAAGCUAUUGAAGAAAAUGAUCAUUAUAUGAUCAACGAGGACCAGGAAGGAUGCCAUCAGCUGAUCAUCACAGCUGUGGUCCCCACUGACAUGGGUGUUUACCGUUGCCUUGCUGAAAACAACAUGGGAGUUGCUUCAACAAAGGCUGAGCUUCGAGUAGACUUGACCAGCACUGACUAUGAGACAGCAGCAGAUGCAACGGAGACAUCUUCUUACUACAGUGCCAAAGAAUAUAUUUCAAGCCGAGAACAGGAGGAAUCCACCACUGAGGAAGAGCAGUUGCCCCAGAUCUUCGAUGAGCUUCAUGAUAUUCAUGUGGCACCUGGAGCACCACUGGCUAAAUUUCACCUGAAGGUGAAAGGGUACCCACAGCCUCGUCUCUAUUGGUUCAAAAACGGACAGCCGUUAAAGGCCUCGGAUCGCAUCCUGAAGACUGAUAAACAGGAAUUCCACUCACUGGAAAUUCAUGACGUCACUAAGGCAGAUGCUGGCCAGUACUCAAUAUUUGUCAUCAACUCUGCUGGUUCUGCAUAUUCGUCGUCCAGGCUGGUAGUCAAAGAUCCUGAUGAGAAAGAAAAGUCAUCAGAAACAGAUUCCUAUGAGCAGCUGAUGCCACCAAAGUUCCUUGAAAGAUUUACUAAUAAAAAGGUGAAAAAAGGUGCAAGCAUCACAUUAUCUGUAAAAGUUGAAGGACAUCCACCACCAACUAUUACUUGGCUGAAAGAGGAGUCUCAGGAAGAUAUCUUGUGGAUCAAACCAGACACUCCUGGGUAUAAGCUUGCCAGUUCAAAUAUGCACCACAGUCUAAUCCUGCUGGAUGUUAAAAAGAAGUACAGUGGAGCUUAUACAUGCAUUGCUACCAACAAGGCUGGCCAGUCCAUCUGCACUGCCACCUUGGAAGUUUCAGAUGUGAAAGAGGCUGAAGUUCUGACCCAGGAGCGUGUGAUGGUGUCAGAAGCCAUCAUGACCACAUUGGGAGCUAUUCAUCCCUCUGAAACAAGAGAAGGAGAUCUUGAAGCUGGCAGAGAAGGUGUACCCAAAAGCCCUAUUUCAUUAGCUGAUGUUGGCUCAGAAGAGUUCUUCCAGAAACUCACCUCCCAUAUCUCAGAAAUGGUAUCUGCAAAGAUAAGUCAAGCUACACUUCGAGUGCCAGGUGCAGAAAGUGAUGAUGAAUCAAAAACUCCCUCUGCAUCUCCUCGCCAUGGACGAUCCAGACCUUCAUCCAUUGCUCAGGAGUCCUCCUCUGAAUCUGAAGAUGGGGAUUCCAGAGGAGAGAUCUUUGACGUUUACAUGGUCACAGCUGACUACGUGCCUGCUGCUCCUGACAGGGAGACCAUCACUCUGAAGGAAGGGCAAUAUGUGGAAGUCCUUGAUUCAGCUCAUCCUCUGAAGUGGCUGGUCAGGACUAAACCCACAAAGUCUAGCCCCUCUCGACAGGGUUGGGUAUCUCCAGCUUAUCUGGACAAGAAAUUAAAGUUGUCACCAGAGUGGGGAACAACAGAAGCUCCUGAAUUCCCUGGAGAGUUUGUUUCUGAAGAUGAAUAUAAAAGGAAGUUAAGCGUUCUUAUUCAAGAACUCUUGAUCUCAGAGGAGGAUUACAUUCAAGAUCUACAGUUCCUCCAGACUCAUCAUCUUAACUACACUGAGACCUGUUCCAAUGUCCCGGGAGCUGUCGCCAGUCAGAAAUCCACCAUCUUCAGAAAUAUUGAUGACAUUGCUCGCUUCCAUUCCAGUGUUUUCCUUCGAGGCUUGCAGAAAUGUGACACUGAUGAUGAUGUGGCCAUGUGCUUUAUCAAGCACCAGGCAGAGUUUAAUAAGUACAUCCAGUACCUGGUGGGAAGGGUACAGGCUGAAUCUAUUGUUGUCAGCAAAGCUGUCCAGGAUUUCUACAAGAGAUACACAGACGAAAUUUUAACCAACGAAGAUCCCUCACAGCCACUUAUCCCACCACUGCAGCACUACCUGGAAAAACCCAUAAACAAGAUCCAGCAGUAUCAGACUAUAAUCAAGGAAUUAAUCCGAAACAAAGCAAGAAAUAGUCAAAACUGCACUUUGUUAGAGCAGGCUUAUGCCAUUGUUUCUGCACUCACCCGAAGAGCAGAAAACAACCUCCAUGUGUCACUCAUUGAGAAUUAUCCAGGGACCUUGGAAAGCCUUGGUGAACCCAUCCGACAGGGUCACUUCAUUGUCUGGGAAGGAGCUCCAGGAGCUAGAAUGGCAUGGAAAGGACACAAAAGACAUGUCUUCCUCUUCAAAAAUUACAUUGUGAUCUGCAAACCAAAGCGAGACACAAAGACAGACACCUACAGUUACAUCUUCAAGAACAUCAUGAAGCUAAACAACAUAGAUGUGAACGACCUUGUGGAAGGGGAUGACCGGGCAUUUGAGAUCUGGCACGAACGGGAAGACUUGGUCCGCAAGUACCUCCUUCAGGCACGCACAGUAAUUAUCAAGAACUCCUGGGUGAAGGAGAUCUGUGGCAUACAGCAGCGGAUCAGUGAGCCUGUCUGGAUCCCUCCAGACUUUGAGGAAGAACUGGCGGACUGUACAGCUGAGCUGGGAGAGACAGUCAAGCUGGCUUGCAAAGUUACGGGAGCUCCCAAGCCAUCUGUCAGCUGGUACAAAGAUGGAAAGCCUGUGGAGGUGGAUCCCCAUCACAUUAUAAUAGAAGAUCCUGAUGGUUCCUGCACACUGAUCUUGGACAACCUAAUGGGUCUUGACUCAGGACAGUACAUGUGCUUUGCUUCCAGUCCUGCUGGAAAUGCCAGUACCUUAGGAAAGAUCCUUGUUCAAGUGCCACCACGGUUUGUGAACAAAGUUAGAAAUGCUUAUUUUGUCGAGGGUGAAGAUGCUCAAUUUACCUGUACUAUCGAAGGAGCACCCAGGCCUCAAAUCAGAUGGUACAAAGAUGGUGUACUGUUGAAGGACACAAGUAAAUACCAGACUUUCAGCGAACCACGAAGUGGCAUAAUAGUCCUGGUGGUCAAGAACCCUUCCAAUGAAGAUAUGGGACACUAUGAAUGUGAGCUGGUGAACAGAUUAGGGUCUGCAAAAAGUGGAGCAGAACUUUACCAUCACAGUGCUGCAGCCCUGACCCAGGAGAGGAGAGGAGACCAAGCCAUUACCAUAGAAGGAAUGACUCCUUCACAGUCAGAAAUGGAGACUUCUGUCCAGGCCUCGCUUCAGCGUGCUGAUAAGGAGAUCAAGACAGCUCUAAAGAAACUCGUGGACUCAGCAUCACUGCUGGUGACUCUUCCCCCGGGCAUGCGAGAAGGAGCUGCCGGGCCCUCUGCGCUAGUUCAUGAAGCCAGUACCCAAACCCAGGCUGCUGGAGGGCAUGACAAAGCACAAAGGCAGAUUACAGCUGAAGAACCAUGUGUGCCAAAGCCCAGCCCUGGUCCUCCCUGUGAAGAGUCAGCUGCUGGAGAGGAAAGCACUCAGGAGCGCACUGUUCCUAUUACCAGAACAUCACCAGCAGCAGGGACAGGAGACUGGUACAGGAGAGAAGGAGAUGUGGUCUGGGACGUACACAGCGAAGUUUACAUUGAGACCACAGAGAGAACUUGUGUGUAUAAGACUGAGGAGAAGACCCCAACAAGUCCUCCCUAUAUGCAAGUGACAAUUGAGGACGUGCAGGUGAAUUCUGGAGAGCGUGCCAAAUUUCAGGCAGUCAUUGAAGGAACCCCUCAGCCUACUGUUUUGUGGUUUAAGGGCACUUCAUUGCUGACAGACAGCAACAGGCUCCAUCACGGGAAAGAAGGAACAACGUAUUUCUUAGUCGUGGACAACGCUGUCUCAGAAGAUGGUGGUGUUUAUACCUGUGUUGCCAAAAAUGCAGGAGGGGAGGUUUUGUGCAAAGCAGAGCUUAUCGUGCAUGAAGCUAAGAAAGACCAAGAAGCAAAGAAAGUGGCCACUAGGAGAAAGCUCCAUUCUCUUUAUGAGGUUAAACAGGAGAUUGGAAGGGGUUGCUUCAGCUUUGUGAAACGAGUUGUGCACAAAGGGAACAGAGUGUCUUGCGCUGCCAAAUUCAUACCUCUACGAAGCAAAACGAAGGCUCGAGCACAUCAAGAGAGGGAUAUUCUUGCCUCUCUGUCCCACGACAGAAUUACCAGGCUCCUGGAUCAGUUUGAAACACGGAAAACACUGAUUUUGAUUCUGGAGUUAUGCUCCAGUGAAGAGCUCCUUGACCGUUUAUUCAAGAAGAGUGUUGUCACUGAAGCAGAGGUCAAAUUAUAUAUCAAGCAAAUUUUGGAAGGAAUCAAAUAUCUUCAUGACAACAACGUCCUUCAUUUAGACAUUAAGCCACUGAAUAUCCUCAUGGUUUAUCCUGAAAGGGAAGACCUGAAGCUCUGUGACUUUGGAUUUGCUCAGAAGAUCACACCCUUUGAGCCUCAGUUCAGCAAAUACGGGUCUCCGGAGUUUGUUGCCCCAGAAAUUGUUUCUCAGUCACCAGUAUCAAAAGCAACUGAUAUCUGGGCUGUUGGAGUCAUCACGUAUUUAAGCCUAACGUGCAAGUCUCCAUUUGCUGGGGAGAACGACAGAGGAACCCUUCUAAAUAUCCAGAAUGGGGAAAUUUCAUGGACCAUUCCUGAUUUUGUUCACUUGAGUGAAGAUGCAAAGGACUUUAUGAAAGGGAUCCUGCAGCAGCACCCCAAAGCCAGGCCUAGUGCUUUGGACUGUCUUUCCCACAAGUGGUUCAUGCAUAAUCUCCCCCUCGAAGCAGCUCAUUUCAUUAAUACCAAGCAGCUCAAAUUCAUUGUGGCUCGGAGCAAAUGGCAGCGGUCUCUGAUGUGCUACAAAUCCAUACUGGUAAUGCGGUCUAUCCCAGAAAUCUUAGAAAGGACUCACGACAACACCUCCCUGGCCAUCUCCCGACAUCUUAUUGAAGAAAGCACUUCGUCCAGUACUAGUGGCUCCUCUUCAGAUAAUGAGAACUCACAUUUCCCCAAGAAGAGGCACUUUGGCUCUACACCCGAACUGCACUUGUCCAUAUUUGACGCACCAAGCCAUCAGGAGCCUCCAAAACAUGCAAGCGAAGAGAAGCACCCCAAAAUCUCCGUCCCUCCAGUAAAACCCAUGAGGAGGAAGUAUGCUUCAAUGAAACCCGAGGUGGGGAACAAAUCACCUACAGAAAGCAAAGAGACUAUGGCAAGUAUCUUAAAGGAGAAGGUGGAAGGGCUCCAUUCCAGACUUCAAGAUGGAAGAGCAGAGCAGUCCCAAAGCAGCAGUGCCGCUGAGCCUUCAUCAGUGAGGACUUGCACUGAAAGCACAUCGCAACUAUGUCAGAAAGAAAAAACAGACAUAUUUUUAUCUGAUAAGGACAGAAUUGAAAAGGCUGGGGAUGGGGCGGAAAAGCCACCUGUCUGUGUUCCUAGGCAGAGUGUCAUUAAAAGUACUUUCUACAGCCAAGCAGCUGAGCUACCCACAAGGGGCCCUUCCUCACCAGGCAGGGAAUUCAGAAGGCACCUGGACAGAGCCAGAAGGACUUUCAGGAAAGCCGGAUAUUCGAAGGUCCCCCUCAGUGGUCUCCGUGAACCCCUUCUAGAGCAGUUCGAACUGGAAGAAGAAGAAGGGAAGACCGAUGAUGGAGAUGAGCACAGGGAAGGCCUGCUUGGUUCCUUGACCAAAUCAGCUUCAUUUGACACUGCAAGAAAACCACCACAUCCUGCCAUUGCUGGUGCUAGCCGAAGCCGUUCCCUGGAUGACUAUAGGCUGAGAGCCUCAAGAUCAGUGAGGGAACAAGAUAUUUUGGAAGAAGACUAUGAUAUAUUGUCACAGGAAAGUUGCCCUGAAGGCAGUGAUCACUGUGACAUUUCUGCAGGGCCUGGCAAGGGAUGUUCUGUAGACACUUCAAAGCAAGAGGACUUUAGGAGAGCUAGCAAGGAUUGUUCAGAAGGGCAGCCCCCUCCUUCCACACAAUGUGAGGGUAAUGGAUGCCCGGCUGCAUUUGUGCAACAGCUAGAGAGACUUCCAGUGUCAACUCAUAGGAGUGAGAAUAGGAAACAUUUACUGAAGAAGUCUAAAGCUACUUACAUUGAGGAGACAGUUGAAGAUUUGGAAGGCAAAAGCGCCAUUCUAACUGACCAGCACUCAGAUGUAACGGCAUCAUCAGCUCAAAAACAUGAAAGCAUGGAGGGUAAAUCUUGCCCUGGCAGUGCCUCUGACACUGGUUUUCAGGAGGGAAAACAGUCCAUUUCCAUUCUCACACAGUCAGAGACCACCUGCAAGUCCACCCCUACAAGUAAGGGAGGCGUGUACCUGCCCCAGGAGUCUGCUCACAGUACGGACAUCCAUCCGGAUCUGAAAGGUGAAAGCUUGCUUAGCAAAAGGACAGCCCCAGUUCCACCUUGGAAAGACAAAAAGCAGAAAUAUGCACAUGAGAAGACUUCUGCUCAUAGUGUUGCCAGAUCUGAUCUCAUGGAGCAUGAAAGCUCUGCUGUUUUAACAGGCCUGCAAACAGAAACCAAUUCACUUCCAGUACGUAAGGACAAAAGUCAGGAACUUCCUGGUCAAAGUGUUCCAGCAACUACUGUCUUGGUGAGCAAACGGCCAGGUACCAUAAGGGCUCUGCACACAGAAGAUGAAGGCACUCAUCAGCAGAUGAAGACCUAUAAAGAGAUGAGAUCCGCUCUCCUGGAGGAUGAAGGACCAGGUAUUACAGGAAUCACUCCACCAUCGACCCAUGAUGGUGAACACCAAGCACCCAAGAGGGCUCCUGUUCACGUAGACACAGCAUCAGCCAUCCUGAAGGGAGAGUAUCUUGUUCCAGAUGCCCCACCACCAAAACCAAUGCCGACUUUGGUCUCUGAUGGAGCUGAUCUGAGGAGUGAAAGCUCAGCUGUUGCAGAAAUUGUUCCCAGUUUGGCCCAUGAGGCUGAAAUUGUGGGAGCGGAACCCCAGACAGUUUCUGAGGGCAAUGGCAUGGUGCCUGCUGGUCUGGAGAGCAGACAGCCAGCUAGAACGGUGUCGACCCAAAAUACUGGCCUCCCUUCAGUCUGUGAAAGUGAAAAACAAGAAUAUGCAAAGGCAUCACCUCGCAGUGAGGUGAGAUCUGUCGUGACAGCAAGUGGAAGCCGAGCAGCCAGACAGACUACGCCUGCUCCUUUCUCCAAGGCUGGACAUCAGGUGUUUGAGCAGCACAGGGCUGCCUAUCCCCAUGGCAGAGUUUCUGCUGAUCAGGAGGGUGGGCCACGAGGUGUCUUAACUGCUUCACAACCAGAAGUUGCUCCAGCUUCAGUCUAUGAGCUACAACAUGAGGAACAUCCAAAGGUUUAUGGUGAGGGUAGAAGCAUUGCCUUGGAAAGUGGAAGCUGUGAUGCUGGAAAAACUGUCCCACCGUCGCUCCACAGAGAUGAAAGUCAGGAGCUUUCACAUCACAGGUCUUCUUUUUACAGUGAUGAGGAGUCUGCUGUGCUGGAGGGCUUAGUGGAUGAGAUGGUUUCCCUCUCUGAAGAGAUGAAUGUUUGGGCAGAGUCAGUUACUGGUGAAGAGGAAGGCAGAAAGCACAUCUCUUCUCCCACAGAGAUGUUCUACAAAGGCUCGGGUAGCCAAGCACCCACGGAUACGUCCUUCCCUUCUGUACAAGGGGGUAAAAGAGGAGAAGUCUCUGAGCUGGAUGACCUUGCAGAACCCUAUCUUGUUGUGAAUGAGGAGUCAGUGGUAUUGGAAGGGCAGGGAGCACAGACGGUUCCUCGUGAAUGUGAGCAUCUGGAGGACUUGGCGUUUGAGAGCCCCACUUCUAGCCAAGUGAGUGUUUCCUCAACAGAUGGCUUGGACACUGGAGAAAGACCCAGUCAAGUGUCAGUGAGCAAGGGCACUGGUAAACACCCAGAAGUUUCUUUAGUGAAAAUCAAAGACUUGUCAGAUGAAACACCCAGUCUUGGCAGUGGAACUCCAAAACUUGACAUAUCAGAGGUAGAGCCUGCCUAUUUGAAUUUCUCUGACUUGUAUGACAUUGUCUAUUUUCCAUUUGAAUUUAUGAACUAUAGGAAGCCUCCACCCAAACCAACUGGGAGACGGUUUAUACCUUUUGGUGAAAGGGCAAGGUCACCUCCUGCGGGACAUUUGCAUAAGGAUAAAAGACUCUGCAUCAGAGAAGGGGCAGAGGACAAGAACAGGAAGAACCAUUUGGAAAUAUCUGAGGACUCAAAAGCAACUAAUUUAUUAGCCAUGGGGAAAGGGUCAGAGAGUCAUAAAGAAAGGUAUGGCCCCCAGAAAGACGCAAGUGGUAAGCAGAAAAGCUCCUUCUACAACAAGCCAGGACUCUUUAAGCCAUAUGCAAGGUCUCAUUCAGUGGAGCAGUCAGUGGAGCAGAGUCUGAAGAAGAAAGUAAAAGCUUCUGUUGCCCAUAUUUCAAGAAUCCUAAAAGGAAAGACAUCUCCUGAGCCAGAGGCAGAGGAAGAAUUUGGUGAAUUGGGAAGUGAGGCAUUAGAAGAAGAGCUGUUAACAGGGGCUGAAGGAUCUCUGAAGAGGAAAUCAGCACUCUCUUCAUUCAAGUUAUCAAGUCUCAUGCCAAAGGAUAAAGCACCUUCGUUCACUGAGGAGCUCAUUGAUCAAGCUGCUGCAGUCGGACAGUGCGUGACGCUGUCGUGCCGGACAGCAGCUCACUCCUCCCUGCACAUCGGCUGGUUCAGAGAUGGGAUACCUGUCCACAGCAGCAGCCGGAUUCUCAUCUCAGCUACGCUCAAAAACUUCCAGCUGUUAACUAUUCUCUCCAUUAGUGCUGAUGAUUUUGGUAUUUACACCUGUGUGGCCACAAACUCCCUGGGCUCAGCAUCCACCUCUUGCAUCAUAAGAAAAGCAGAAGUUCCUCCCAGCCCUCCACCCCCUGACAUCGUGGAGGUCUAUAAGGAUGGAGUGCAGGUGGUCUGGAAACCUAUGGAAACCAACACCCCCGUCCAUUACACUGUCCAGUGCAAGAGCGAAGAUGGGGAGUGGAUGACUCUUGCUUCUGACAUUGCUGACUGCUGCUACUAUGCCAAAAAUCUCUCCAAGGGGUUUAUCUACUGCUUCAGGAUAGCCUGCACCAGUAAAGCAGGAAUGGGGCCUUACAGCGACCCAUCUGCCAAAGUGCAAAUCACUGGGAAAGAUCAAACGGAGCUUCGUGCUGCAAUGGAGAACUUGCCAUCGGCUGCUACUGAAGAAGAGAGCGAAAUGAUCACACCAUCUGAGCCUUUCCCAACCUACCAGACCUAUGCCUUCCAAACAGAGAUCAAAAGGGGGCGUUUCAGCAUCGUCCGACAGUGCAGAGAAAAAGUGAGCGGCAAGACUUUAGCUGCUAAAAUUAUCCCUUACUGGCAAGAGGACAAGCAGACUGUGCUCCUGGAGUACCAAGUCCUGAGGAAGCUUCAUCACACAAACAUAGCUCAGCUGAAGGGAGCCUAUGUCAGCCCACGGCACUUAGUGUUGAUCCAGGAGAUGUGUGUGGGACCAGAGCUACUCCACUCUUUGGCGUUACGGACAUCCUACUCAGAAGUGGAGGUCCGAGAUUACCUGUGGCAGAUCCUCAGUGCCAUUGAGUACCUCCACACACACGACAUCCUGCACUUGGAUCUCAGAUCUGAAAACAUCAUCAUCACCGAGCCCAACCUGCUGAAACUCCUGGAUUUUGGCAAUGCACAGUUCUACACACAAGACAAAGUUAUUACUAUGGACAAGUGCAUGGACUAUGUUGAAACCAUGGCUCCAGAACUGCUGACAGAGCAAGGAGCCCUCCCGCAGACCGACAUCUGGUCCGUCGGAAUCACAGCCUUCAUCAUGUUGAGUGCCAACUACCCUGUCAGCUCCGAUGUAGCCUGUGAGUUUCUGAGAACAACCAGGAAGGGUAAAGUGAAGCUCACACGAUGCUACGCGGGUCUCUCUGGGGGAGCAGUGUCCUUUCUCCAGAGCACGCUGUGUGCAAACCCCUGGGGAAGGCCAUCAGCCUCAGAGUGCCUUCAGAGCCCCUGGCUUCAAGAGACAGGUUUGGACAACAGGCAGCAAGCACUGGUUACCUUCCCCACCACCAAAUUGAGGAAUUUCCUCACCGAACGGGAAAAGAAAAGGGGCCUUCUGUGCUCCAAGUAUGGCCUCAUGAUUGCGCAGUGACGUGGAUGUGGCAACAGACAAGAAUUGUCUCCCUCUCCCCUUCUGCACUUAGUGUUUGAUACCAAAUAGUCCUGCC